UCAAAUACAGUGCAGACAGAUAAAAUACAGAUACAAAUCUGUUAGCCGACAAUUACAGGAUCGUAAUUUCGAGAGAAAAGGUAGUGAAUACGAGGCUGGGAUGGCGCCUCAAAGGCCCCGAAGAUCUAGCCAGCUCAAGAUUGAUAUUGAAGGACUUCCUGAUGGGAACAGUCAUGUUAAUGUCAUGUGUUUUGAUCUAGUUUACUUCACCCGUCCAGCUCAGUUUAUUAUUUUAUCUUGUGCAUUAUUUUUUUUCUACCUUCUCUAUGGAUAUUUCCAGGAAUUAAUUUUUACCCUGCCUGGAUUUCGGGGAUAUGGUUGGUAUCUUACUCUCAUCCAGUUCUUCUACUAUUCUAUUUUUGGAAGGUUGGAGAUGAUGCUACGGAGAGAGACACGAAAGGUUCCUUUAAAAACCUAUGCUCUGCUGGCUAUUACCACUGUGGCUACCAUGGGGUUUUCUAAUGCAAGCUUGGAAUAUCUUAAUUAUCCUACCCAGGUUAUAUUUAAGUCCUGUAAACUGAUCCCAGUUCUGAUUGGCGGCAUUUUUAUACAAGGAAAACGCCCACGUGUUUUAGAUUUUGUAGCUGCUGGGUUCAUGUGCCUAGGCCUAAUAAUAUUCACACUGGCAGAUAGCCAGGUGUCUCCUGUGUUUGAAGUAACCGGAGUGGUAAUGAUCUCCUUGGCACUGUUAGCUGAUGCUAUCAUUGGAAAUGUCCAGGAGAAAACAAUGAGGCAGUUUAAUGCCAGUAAUUCAGAGGUUGUACUGUACAGUUAUUCUAUUGGAUUUGUUUAUUUAUUCUUCCUUGUGGCCGUUUUUACAGAUAUUGCCUCUGCUAUUCACUACUGUUCCUACUAUCCUAAACAAACCUAUGGAUAUGCCUUUAUUUUCUCCCUCACAGGAUACUUAGGCAUUCAGAUUGUUCUUGGGCUAGUUCGGCAGUUUGGAGCAUUUCUAGCUGUUACAGUCACUACAUUUAGGUGUUAU